GACACUGGUCGCAUUCGAAAAGCUAGUGGCUACGUAGUCAAGGGGUUCUGAUUGGCUAAAUCUAGCUACAAAAGUAGUUGAAAUUUCCCCUCCGACGUAGUGUAAAAAUUUCGGCUAAAAAGUUAGUUGGCACUGAUUUUGACGUUUCACAAUCAGCUGUUGAAAAAAUUUAAAAAAGAUACAAACAUUUCAAAAUGAAACUUAUUGUGCAGUAUUAAGAAAUAAAUUACGAAAUAGAGGCAGAUGAAGAAAUUUGCAAUAAAAUCUUAACAGGUAAUGUUUUUUAAGUGCAAUAAACAAAACAAUUCACUUAACAAUUUUGUUUCAGAUCCAGUGUAUGCCGCAGCAUUCAUGGAACAAAAUUUGAGUGCACAAAAUGCAGAACAUACGGAGGAAGAUUCAGUGUCUACUCCAACAAAUCUUGAUUAUGCACAAGAAAACACAGGCAAUAUAGAGAAAGAAUCUUCUUGGGAGCACCGCACCGUUCUUCUGUUUUUAGAAGAAUGUAGCAGGCAUAAACAUGAGCUAAGAAACCCAAAAAUCAGGCGCAGGACGGUGUUCCUUAAAAUUAAGGAGGCGAUGGAGGGUAAAGGCUACAAUUUUAAAGAGAGCUCGCUGGAAAAGAAGCUGGGCAAUUUAAAGAUAAGGUAUAACCGCAUCCUGGAUAACAACAAAAAAACUUCCACAGGUCGAGGGCGCAUGUCCUGGCCCUACUUCGAACAAAUGUGCCUAAUAUAUGAAGACGAAGUUAAUGUCAGGGAUGCGCCUACAGUGAGCUCUCUGAACCCUUCAUCGCUGUGUGCUCCCUCGGAUUGCACUCCCUCGGAUUGCACUCCCUCUACCUCCAAACAAGCAACCCUUCGCUCAAAAUUAGUUGCACUGGAGGAGGAAAAGGUGGAAAUCGCGCGAGGGGUGCUAAAUGAAUUGAAGGAAAUGCGAGUUCUAAAACAGAAAAGGUUGGAAUUCGAGAAGCUUAAAUACAAGGAAGAAAAAGAAAAUAGAACAAGUAAGUUAAUAUAAUUUCUUAAAAUAUAUUCUCCUAAUAUCAUUUUAUUUUUUAGAUAACUGAGAACUUUGCAGAGAUUGGAUGGAGAGUUAUCGUGUGUAUUUUUUGUUAAUGAAUUUUAUAAUUUUUGUUUUUAACUGUGAUGAAAUACUUUUUUUUUUAAAUGAAUUGUUUUUUUUUUUGUUUAGUAUUAAGUGUGUUAUUUUUAUUUUUAAGAAAGCUUAUAGUUAGGUUAAGAUUAGUUUAUAAGUUUAGUAAUAAGAUUUUUAGUCAUGAAGACAAACUGAAGUUCCUUUUUUUGUAAACAAAACAAAGUACAAAUAAAAAAAUUAAUUGAAAAAAGUA